CAGAGUAUAAAAGAAAGGUAUGAGAGAAGGAAUGAAUAGUGUGAACUAAGUGAAGACUGAAUCAGACUCGACGCCGCCCAUUCACACACACACACACACACACACACAGUGACGCCCAGAGAGAAAGGCAGAGAGAGAGGAGAGGAGAGGAUAGAGAGACUGAGUGAGUGGGUGAGAGAGUGAGGAAGGAGAGAGAGAGAGAGAGAGAGAAGUUAGCGCUGUUACCAGAUAUAGGAUACUUUAAGAUAAUAUAUUAAAAAACAAUCAUAUAUAAUAUAUAAUAUAAUAUAAAAAAUAAAGCAUUUUUAAACCUCAGUAAACAGAAACAUAACGGGACUUACACGCUGAAUGCGAGACCAUGACGGCUGCCGUGGAUAUGACGCCAACGUUGACUAUAAUAAAAUCCGAGAAAACAGACGAUCUGGAAUGUGGGGACGUUCCCCUGCUUACUCCAGGGAGCAAAGAGAUGAUGUCGCAGGCCUUGAAAGCAACCUUCAGCGGUUUCACCAAAGAGCAGCAGCGACUCGGCAUCCCUAAAGACCCCCGACAGUGGACAGAAGGCCAUGUGAGAGAAUGGUUGUUGUGGACAGUGAAUGAGUUCACCCUGAAGAACGUGGACUUCCUCAAGUUCUGCAUGAAUGGAGCCAGUCUUUGCGCACUGGGCAAGGAUCGCUUUCUAGACCUGGCACCUGAUUUCGUAGGGGACAUCCUGUGGGAGCAUUUAGAGAUGCUGCAGAAAGAGGAUCCAAAGCAUUUCCCUGUCAACGGCAUCAGCUCAGGUUUCCCGGAAUCUCGCUAUACCUCAGACUACAUUGUCAGUUACGGCAUCGAGCACGCUCAGUGCGUUCCGCCUUCAGAGUACUCAGAGCCGGGCUUCAUUACAGAGUCCUACCAGACCCUUCAUCCGAUCAGCUCGGAAGACCUGCUGUCACUUAAAUACGAGAACGAAUACACCAACGUCAUUCUGCGCGACACGCCGCUCAACCCACUUCAGGGCGACUACUUCCCUAUCAAACAGGAAGUGUCACCUGACAACAUGUGCGUGGGACGAAUCAGCAGAGGGAAACUGGGAGGCCAGGACUCGUUCGAGAGCACCGAGAGCUUCGAGAGCUGCGACCGUCUGACACAGUCAUGGAGCAGUCAGUCGUCGUUCAACAGUCUUCAGCGCGUCCCCUCCUAUGACAGCUUUGACUCAGAGGACUAUCCCACAGCCUUGCAUGGCCACAAGCCCAAAGGCACGUUUAAAGACUACGUCCGCGAGCGCUCUGACCUCAGCAAGGACAAGCCGGUCAUCCCAGCUGCUGCUCUUGCCGGCUACACGGGUAGCGGACCCAUUCAGCUGUGGCAGUUUUUGCUGGAGCUCCUCACAGACAAGUCAUGCCAGUCGUUCAUCAGCUGGACAGGAGACGGCUGGGAGUUCAAACUCUCCGACCCCGACGAGGUGGCACGGAGAUGGGGCAAAAGAAAGAACAAGCCCAAGAUGAAUUACGAAAAGCUGAGCCGUGGUCUGCGCUACUAUUACGACAAGAACAUCAUCCACAAGACAUCAGGCAAGCGCUAUGUCUACCGUUUCGUGUGUGACUUAAAAAGCCUUCUGGGAUACACACCCGAGGAGCUGCACGCCAUGCUGGAUGUCAAACCCGACACAGACGAGUGAAAGACCAGUCCGGGAGCACCGGGGGCCGAAAGACUUUCCUCCCUCAUCCUCACAACAGUGGGUGUUUAUUUUGGGUCCAACCAAGUCAUACCUAGUCAUGGGUCCGCUCUUGUUUUGAGCUCAUGACUGCUUGAUCUUGCUAAAGGACACGUUCCCAACCUUACCAAAGUUCAUAGUCUGUAGCGUGUAUCAUAAUUCAGCUCUGAAGAAAAAACAGUUUGUUUACAGCAGAGCUGCCAUUUAGACCCAGCAGCACCUAAAAACAGACUGCAGUAGAGGGGCGGGACUAGGAAAGAACGAAGGACUGGUUCCUAAAGUGGACAUUGUAUGGAUGGAAAGUUCCGUAAAAAUGUUGCCAAAGUUUGGAACUUUUACAGAAAUACUUAAAUAUUUACUAUUAAGUUACUGUUGCUGUCUUAGAUGGACCACACAAAAAUGAUUAAAGUAUUUUAUUUUUAUUAUUAUUAUUAUUAUUUUUCCUUUGAUGUUUGUGCCAGUAUUACUUUUAUCAUUUGUGAAUGAAGGAUUAAGAAUGCCAAAAUGUUUUUUUUUUUAAUCUUUUUUUUCUUUUCUUUCCUUUCCCCAUAUGUCUAUAGUCAAAGACCCUUUACACACAAGUCACAUAACUGAAAACUCAGCAGGCGAGACCAGAGACUGCUAUUUUACUCAUGCAGUUCAGUUAAAAGAAAAGCCUCUCACUCAAACCGAGAACGGGUGACAGACGCGACCGAAAGUAGCCGUUUUUCUGCUCGGGGGCGGCAAGCUGUGAACACACACCCGCCCUCGGCUUAUGGGCAGGAGUGUUUCGCUUCUAAGCAAGCACAAGUUAGGCAGCUGUGAAGCACGGCCCAUUUUAGAUCUCUUUUGUCUAAUCUCUAACGUUCAGACAAAGGACUCUAAGCAUCUCUUGCCUUAGUUUUAUGUCUCUGUUACCACUGCUGUCGCUCGCCCUCAUGUAUUGUUUUGUCUACGCCGCCUUUUAAGAGCACGUGUGAUGUAAACACGUCUGUAAUCUUCCUGUCUAUCAUGAGACAGAGUGAAGGGUCUGUGAAGUGAAGCACAAUAGAAAUGUCAUUCAACUGAUCUCGUCCCCUUUUUGUGAGCUGAUUGACAGCAGGGAACAGGCUUCCUGAUUAAAUUUAUGUCUUUGUGGAAAUUGUUUCUCAGGAAAAAUACCUGAAUGUAAUAGAGGUCUUAACAAUAAGCUCUGACACAGGAGUUAUUGAUCACUGAAGUGAAGGUUGUGUGAGUGAUUCGAGCAUGGGUAAUAUUGGAUAUGGUUGGAUCGGGAUAAGAAAGUAGGGGUGUAACAGUUUCAGACUGUGGAUCGACAUGUAUGAGCUUCAGAAUAGCAUUAGCACAGAACGAGUGAUGAUUAAUACCGCAACUAAAGUACAUCAUGUGCAGGUAGUAAAUCAGUUUCAGUUACCACUAUAAGUAGGGAAUAAAACGCAACACAGAAUGCUGUUAAUAAUAAUAAUAAUAAUAAUAAUAAUACAUGUUGGGGUGGCGUAAUGUGGCCUGACGCAAAGCAUUAUUUUUCCAAUAGCUGUAUGUCUUGAAGUGUUUUAUUCCUCUUAUAAUGCAGUUCUGCGAUCUUUUCAUUAAUUAAAGAAGACACUUACCUUGUUAGCCAUUUACAGUUAAUGUUGUGAAACAUGUGCAACAAAUUAUUUCUGCUUUCAUUUACAUUACAGGACCCACAUUCACUCCCCCACCAGCCUUUUCUUUUCUUUUUUUCCACAAGACAAAAACAAGGACAAAGUUCUCCAAAAUGUCCUUCUCUGACUCCUUUAAAGCACUGAUACUAGAGACUCCUUCCAGGAACCACGAACAAACUUCCCUUAAUCAGAAAUGUCACAAUGUUAUGUUUUAAUCAUCAAGAGAUAAUCACAAGUUUCACAGACACACCAGAACGAGCAGGUUUAUAUAAUCUAAUAUAUCAGAGCAUCUGAUAUACAGAAACAUCUUCCGACCAAUCGGAAUCAUACAGUCGGCAACGUUGGCAUAUAAUACUUGUUAGCAGUGUGACUCUGGUUCCUGUUGCCUUUUCAUUUGUGGUUUGUGUUGUACAGAACGCGCAGGCAAAAAAAAAAAAAAGUCCAAGUUAAGACGUGUCAUCAACACGAUGUUAUUGUUUACAGUGGUGUUCUUGCCGCCUCGAUGGGUUUCAUUUUGGAACCGUCUGUUUGUACAGAUUGUGUUUCCAAUCGAUUUUUUACGCGACCCAGAAUGAACAUAUAGGCCACUGUUGAAACAGGAAUAACACGAAAAU